UGGAAGAGACCAAAUCGAGGCAGCUCAGCAGAUACAAUUAAUUCAUUAUUUAUAUGGCUCAGCCUAGCAGCAAAGCAGUUGCGAAGCUAGUCUAGCGGGGGGGCGAUUUGCAGUCUCCCCUGACCGCGCAUAGUUGAUGCUUUUAGUGAGGGACAGUUGCCGUUUUACAGAAACUGAUUAGGCAAAUGUAUCGACCACAGUGAGCGAGUACAGUAGAAUAGGGUGGAGGAGGACCUGACUGUCCGUGUUGUUGUGUGGGUAAACGAAGAGAUUAGCUGGCUAGGUACGGCUAGGUAUAGCUGACGUUGCUAACUACAAGCAAAGGUUAAGCUGAAUCCCUCUGCAGUGGAAGUAAAAAAUGUGCAAUGGAAUGUUAGAGUCAAUGUCAAAAGCCCUUGAGCUGCUCACCUCAGUUGACAAGCGGUCACUUUCACUGUUGCUCUUUCUGACUGUGCUAUCCACGGGACAAGGGUCAGGAUGUGUGAGGCCAUUCAUGGUGCAGAACAGCUGGGCCAACCUGACAGAGACCAACAGGGGUUCCUUUCCUGUGGGCACGGUGCUCCAGUACAGCUGUGACCCAGGCUACCUGGCUGAUGGGCCCAGCAUCAUCACAUGCAACCCCCUGGGCCUCUGGACCUCAGACCCACCCCGCUGCAAACGGAGUGACGCAGUGUGCCGGCCUCCGUUUGAGCCUGAGAAUGGAGGGUACACCUGCCACCCGUCUUCCUGCCAUCGGCUAGGCCAGGGCACUGUGAUAGAGUACUUCUGUGAUGAAGGCUACAUCCUGAAGGGAGACUACAAGUACAAAUAUCUUACCUGUCAGGAUGGGGAGUGGGACGGCCCCAUGCAGAUUAGCUGUGUCAACCAAGGAUGUGCAAGGCCGUUCAUUGUCCAACAUGGGUCAGCCAACCUGACAGAGACCAACGGGGGUUCCUUUCCUGUCGGCACGGUGCUCCAGUACAGCUGUGACCCAGGCUUCCUGGAGGAUGGGCCCAACAUCCUCACCUGCACCCCCCUGGGCCUCUGGUCCUCAGACCCACCCCGCUGCAUACACAGUGAUGUGUGUCUGCCUCCAUUUGAGCCAGAGAAUGGGGGCUACACCUGCCACCCGUCCCCCUGCCAUAGACUGAACCAUCACACUGUGAUCGAGUACUUCUGUGAUGAAGGCUACAUCCUGAAGGGAGACUACAAAUACCUGACCUGUCAGGAUGGGGAGUGGGACGGUCCCAUGCAGAUUAGCUGUCUCCUGGACCAAGACAGAGACCCUGCCCUGCCAUUGGGCAUACCCACCCUGUCCAUCGUGGCCUCCACUGCCAGCUCUGUAGCCCUCAUCCUGCUGCUGGUGGUCCUGUUUGUCCUGCUGCAGCCAAAACUCAAGUCCUUCAACCACAGCCGCCGUGAGCAGGGGGUGUCAGGCCAGCCUGUGUCCAUCAUGGUGGAUGGGGUGCAGGUGGCCCUGCCCUCCUAUGAGGAGGCGGUGUGUGGUGGAGGGGGUCUGAGUCUCAGCUCUGAGUCCCGGGUCCAAAUAGUGCUGUCAGAGGGCCAGCAGGCUGCAGGGACGACCGAGCCGCUCAUUGCCCAGGCCGGGCCCUCCACCCUCUCCCAGCUCUCAGAGAUGGCAUUGGUUCACCCAGUACCACCAUCCUUCACUUCUUCCCCUUCAUCCUCCUGCUGGGGCCCGGAGCAGGCUGCUGCUGCAGCGCCUUCACUUUCACAGCGGAGGGACUCCACAGGCAGCGAGCAGCACAGCCUGCCCCUCCUCGACUCUGAGAUGGACUACUCUGACGAUAUGCCUUUGUUAAAGGAGGCCUGAAUCAUGCUGUAGCCACUUGGGCGUACAUUAGAGACCUCCAGGAUUGCUGUUGAUAGGCUGUGUUGAGUCGGAGGCCUGUAUGAAGCUCCCCACUGCAGCAGCUGCCAACACAACAGACUACCCACCCACCUCCUCCAGGGGCACUAAGUGAGGCCGUGUCAUGCUCAGCAGAAUGUUACUUCUCCCCCUUCCAGAGGAGGGCUCAGAGGGGUUUCACAUGUACAUAAUGCUUAGCCAUUUUCUAAGUGUCUGACACUUGUUCUUUUAACCAUUGGCUUAGCGCAGGGACGUAACUGUAAAAUAAUGAGCACCCUGUAUGUUGGAAGGCCUUUUGGAAAGCUCAAUAUGACAUUUGAAAAUUCUCUUUACAGCAUUACAUAUGUUUUUUUCAGUGGUUAAACACAUUUUAUGAGCUAAUCAUUGCACCCAUCACCAAUUUGUACCAUGUCGACCUGUUUUUACAUGAUCACUGCAGAACAUGCACAGCAGCAUGUUAGGAAUGAUGCAUGAAGACCACUGCAACUUAGAUUGAACCGGUCAUUCUCACACAUACACAGAUUUGACCAUUUAUGCGCUAUAAGGUAAGUAAGAGUAACUUGUGAUAAUAUUCUGGAUGGGGUUCUUAAUGUAUCCAUUCUGAUCAUCGUUUUGAGCGCAAUGGAUUUUUUUCAUGCACUUAAAAGAUGAUUUUGCUGAAGGCCAGUGUUCCCUAGGUUGAGGCACACCUCUCAGCUUAUUGACAUUGGGCUUAGCGUUCAUAUCCUCUUAUUCAUGUCAGUAUACCUUUUCCCAGAUGGCCUUAGAGCUCCACUUCUAUGCACAAAAAGCAUUUGUAUUGAGUUUCCUUCCUAAAAAAGGAUUAAAAAAUGAAUGUCAAUUUUCGCUCUUCACAGCUCAGUGACGUAACAAAUUGGAGAAAUAGUUGGUGUUUCUUGGAGACCUGACAAUGUUAUACUUUAUAUUUAUUUGUGGGUUGUUUAAAAUGAUUCGUUAAGAUGGGUAAACUAAAUUGAGUAUUUAGUAUAUUCAUGUCCAGAAUGCUGUUGAUCAGCCAUGGUUGCUUGGAUGCUUCCACAAUUCUUGAAAAAGCAUAUUAAGACGUGUCUUUUAACAUUGCCACCUUGGUGGAGUCAUAAGGACAUAAUAUGUGGAAGACUGAAGUUAAUUGGGUUAACCAUAAAUAGUUCAAAAGAGGUAAUUAUUGUUAUGUACAGAAGCUUAGUGUCAUGUCUUUUCAAAUGGUUUCAUUUGCUUUGGGACUACACAAUGCAAUUGGUGUAAAGAUAGUAUUUUAAUACUUUGAAAAAAGGUUUGUUAAUUUUACUUUGUUAAAUACCGUGUUAUAAUUUUGAAUAAAUGUAAUUUGAGCUGUGCAA